AUGAAGGCUAACGCAAUGGCGGUGGCCAGGAACGCCGCUACCCGCGGCCUUCGGCGGGCAGCCGUCGACCGAGGCAUGUUUUGCUCACAGAUCACUCAAAAAUCGGUCCCUUUCAUCUCACGAGCGUCCAUGUCAUCAGUCGCGGAUGCUGUAGCCGUCGCCCCCGCUCCGCCGCCACCACCGGCUGAGGACCCGAACCUCCGUGCUGUCCAACGGGCCAUUGAGGCCAAGCAGAUCUUACUGCGAGCAGUCAACGCAACAGAAGUCAGGCACGACUGGACUAGGGAGGAAAUCUCGGCCAUCUAUUAUCAGCCGCUGAUGGAGCUGGCCUUCCAAGCUGGCUCCGUCCACCGCCGAUUCCAUAACCCCGCCGAGGUCCAGCUUUGCACUCUCAUGAACAUCAAAACAGGCGGUUGCACCGAGGACUGUUCCUACUGCGCGCAGUCGACCCGAUACCAGGAUGGCACCGGUCUGAAAGCGAAGAAGGUCGAGAGCGUAGAAUCGGUGUUGGCAGCGGCCCGCAAGGCCAAGGACAACGGCAGCACGCGGUUCUGCAUGGGCGCCGCCUGGCGCGACAUGCGCGGCCGGAAAAACAGUCUCAAGAACAUCAAGGCCAUGGUCAGCGGCGUCCGGGAGAUGGGAAUGGAGGUGUGCGUCACCCUCGGCAUGAUCGACUCCCAGCAGGCCAAGGAGCUCAAGGAGGCCGGCCUGACGGCUUACAACCACAACGUUGACACCAGUCGCGAGUUUUACCCCUCCAUCAUCUCGACGAGAAGCUACGACGAACGUCUCAAGACACUGAGCCACGUGCGGGAUGCUGGUCUCAACGUCUGCUCUGGUGGCAUUCUCGGCCUCGGAGAGUCGUCCGACGACCGGAUUGGUCUGCUGCACACCGUAUCUACGCUGCCUUCGCACCCUGAGAGUUUCCCUGUCAACGCUCUCGUGCCGAUCAAGGGUACGCCGCUUGGUGACCGCGCGCCCAUUCAGUUCACCAGCAUGCUCCGGACCAUCGCCACAGCGCGUAUCAUCAUGCCGUCGACCAUCAUCCGUAUCGCUGCGGGAAGGAAGACCAUGUCGGAGGAGAAGCAGGCCAUGUGUUUCAUGGCCGGUGCCAAUGCCAUCUUCACGGGUGAGAAGAUGUUGACUACCGACUGCAACAGCUGGGAUGAGGAUGAUGCCAUGUUCGGCCGCUGGGGCCUGGAACCGAUGAAGAGCUUUGAGAAGUCGGAGAAGCCCGUGGCUGAAGUCACAGUAUAG